UUGGGGGGUGGGGAGGAGAGGGUUGGGGUAGGGACAGAGGAAUAGGGGUCAGGACAAAGCUUUGCUCCCUUCUCUCUCUUUUCAUUGCAGGAGCAGGACUGGGCAUAGGGUUGGGGUAUGCAAUCCUGGCAUUUCCUGAAGGACCCACCUUCAGCCCCUCCGGCAGGGUCUAGAGCCAGGUGAAGCUGGAUUUGACAUCCUUGCUCACUGUCCCUCCCUUGGCCUCAGUUUCCUCAAAUGUAAGAUGGAAAUUAUAUAACCCUUGUUUUUUCCUGGGGCCUGAUAAGGAUUAGAUUCAAUGCUAAUCUUAUAUAUGAAUUCCCUGCCCCUUCUGAGUCAGGUUAUCUGCGGCAGAGAAGGGUGCCAGAAAUCUGAGGCUGGGUGGUACAGGGGGGACACUGAGUCACCCCUGCUCUGGUUGAAUGGGUGGACAUUGGGGGGAUGGCAAGUAAGACUGCUUAGGAUGAAGGCCUGAACUUCAGUUAUCUCCAGUACCCAAUAACUAUCCUGGGACCUGCAAAUUGUGUUUCUGCUUGGCCCUUCUUGUCCCAAGGCUGAUGGCAGGGUGGUUUAAGGAAGGAAGAGGACUUAUAUCCCAGGCAGGGUCGUUAGAGCAAAGUCCCUGGGUUCCGCCCUCACUCUGGACCCAAGUGGCCCCUCCCUCAGUCCUUUUCCAUCUACCCUGGGGGGUUGGUUUCAGGCUGCAAGUCCUGGGGCUGUCACUUCCCUUCUGGGGGCCUCCCGGGUUUCCCCUUGAAGCCAAAUUACUAUUACAAAAGCCAAUCCAACCCGUUUGGGAGUUGAAAGGCACUUUUAAUACGUGUGUGAAGAGGCAAUGAAGUGCAGGAAAGCUUUGAAGUCACAGAAGGACAGACGGGGUACAUUUCACCCACGGCAGUGGAAGUUUCCUGCCUGUAAGGUAAUGGUGGUAAAAAUGAUAAUAACAAUAAAUAAUGAUCAUGAUAAUGGCAUUAGAUGUUAGAAUGGAGGUAAACAGGACCCCGGACAGAGCCAGCCACUCGAGAAGCGCUCAGCAAACGACGCCGAAGCAGGUGCCAGCCUUCUCCGACCGAGGGAAUGCAGACAGGGAAACUGAGGCUCAGAGAUCCCCAGGGGGCUGAUUGCACCAGAGAGCCCUCCCCCAGCGCCUACUGUGUGCAGCGGGCAGUUGGCCGGGGCGGGUCAGGCAGUUCUCACUGCUCGUCCCCUCUUCCCCCUCCCCCGUCCCCCGCCGGACCUCUCCCACGACCGGGGAGGAAGUGGGAGAAAUGGACAGGGAAAAAAAGUUGGGCUGAGCCAACGCCUCCCCACUCCCCACCUUCGCCCCUCCCAAGCCAUGCAGACCCUUGCGGGAACGAACCGCGGGACCUAAGCGUCCGGUGCCGGGUCUCCGUCCCGCCCAGUGGCCCGCAGUUGGGUGGGGGAACUCGGAAAGCCGGGAAAACAACAGCCCAGCCCGCCCCUAGCCAACCCCUUCCCCCGCUACGCCCCUGGCGCAGCGGGCAGAGGCGACUCCUUUACAUAAUCGCAGGCGGGCAGGUUGGCUGUUUCAUUUACAGACCCGGGAGCCCAGCGGACCCGAGCCGUCAACCCAAAGCCCGCCCCCAGGUCCCUUCCGCAGCUGGACAAACUGAGGCCCGGGGAGGGCCGGCGUCCGGCCCGCAGUCUCCACCCCUCGCCCCCCACCCACCCCCAGCAGCCCGGGCAGCCGCGACCCACGCCCGCGUCGGUCCUCGCAGUGCGCAUAGCCCUCCCCGCCCCCGCUGCCAUCCUGCCACGCCCCAGGCGUCGGGGGCAAAGCCCGCGCCCCCCCCCGCACCCGCCUCUGCGUGGAGGCUGGGGGCCUGUUUAUCUGGAGUCCCCCACCCCCUCCACCCGGGGGGCCCGCUCCCCCCGCGCCCCGGGGAGCUCUGGGGACAGAUAAGCUGGCAGGCUGGCACGGCGCCGCGCAGCGGGGCGGAGAGUUACUGUAGGGGCAGUGACGCCGCCGCCGGAGCGAGGGAGCGAAGAGGGGAGAGCCAGCGAGGGGAGAGCUAGACGCGGACCCCAGAGGCGA